GAGACUUCCAGUAUGGCAGGCAGUCCCAACUUGAGCUCACAUCUUCCUUGAAGUACUAAGGAGCAAAUGAAGACUUUGAUCUCAGGAGCCUGCAUUACUUGCUCUUUGGUUUGUACUCCGUGACCAGAAUCAUCAUGCCUCGUGGUCAUAAAAGUAAGCUCCGGGCCCGUGAGAGACGCCAUCAAGCCCGAAGUGAAAGCGGGUCUAUUCAAGAAGCUCAGGCUACUAAAGCAGAAGAGAGAGAUACCCCUUCCUCCUCUUCCCCCCUUUGUAGUAGUGAUGUCCAGAGCUUCUCUGCUGCCAAGUCACUUGGCAAAUCUAAGAAGUCUAAGAGGCCCACCACUGCUUCUAUAAGUGCUCCAUGCAUCAAGUUGGAUGAAGGUGCCAAGCACAAAGAUGAGAAGAGAUCAAGCACUUCUCGGGCACUGCCCUCAACUAGUUAUUCAUCUUCAAUGCAGAGAGAUGACCUUGCAGUUUCACUGGUGCUGUUCAUGCUUCGAAAGUAUAACAACAGGGAGCUAAUAACAAAGGAAGACAUACUAAAGCAGGUCAUCCCACAGAGCAAAGAGGAGUUCCCCAAAGUUCUUAAGAAAGCCUCUGAGCUCAUGGUGCUAGCCUUUGGUAUUGAUGUUAAGGAAACUGACCCAACCAGACACUGCUAUGGCCUUGUCAGCAUAUUAAGUCCUAUUGGUGAUGAAAUUAUGCAUGGUGAGGCAAUAAUGCCCAAGAGUGGCCUCUUGAUGACAAUCCUGUGUGUGAUCUUCAUGAAUGGCAACUGUGUUAAUGAGGAAUAUGUCUGGAAAGUGCUUAGUGAGAUGGGGGUACAUGCUGGAGUCAAUCACUUUAUCUAUGGAAAUGUCAAGAAGCUCAUCACUAAAGACUUUGUGAGUGAGGGGUACCUGAAGUAUCGGCGGGUACCCUACAGAGGUUCUCCAGGUUAUCAGUUCUUGUGGGGUCCCCGGGCCCACUAUGAAACCAGCAAAAUGAGAGUCCUUGAGUUUCUGGCCAAGGUCCAUAACACUGUUCCCAGUGCCUUCCCAUCCUUGUAUCAGGAGGCUGUGAGAGAUGAGCAAGAGAAAAACCGAGCCAGAUUUGCAUCUAUGAUUCUUGUUGGUAUCAUAGCCAAUGCACAGUCCAGUGACAAUUCUGGCAAUUCCUCCAACCAGCACUGAAGUCUAAACAUAUUGCUUUCCAUCACUUUUAAAGAGAACAUUCAACCAACUAGUGGGAUCCUGAGGCAAUGUUGGAGAGAAAACAGUGCAUCUCAUAUUUAUAGCCUUACUCUACAUGAAUAACUCAGUUUAGCAUUUCAAAGUUUUCAAAAUUUACUUCUUUUAGAAACGUUGAGUUAGCGUUACCAUCUAAGUAUGUGACUGAUAUAUGUCAUACAAUCAACAUUGUUUAUGAUGCUUAAUAGUUAAGAGUUUCAGUAUUGAAAGCAAAUUAAAAAAAUUCAUCUUAGUUAACUGAAACAA